AUGACCUUGAGCCCCCACCUAGCUUCAGUAUAUGGUGUGAUGCCGAAUUGGGAAAAGCGGCGCGAUCAUGGCAUCUGGCUUAGAUUUGGUGACAAAGACUAUGAGCAAAAGCUCAGAAAAUGGUUCGAUGAAUUGGAAUCUGAUGACGAACAAAAAGACUCUUCUGAUUUAGAAGUUUCCAAUGACGAAACAUUACAGGAAGAUGAAAUUAUAGAAGAUGACUGUUCUUCCACUUUUGAGCAAGAAUAUGUUUCUUCAGAUCAUGAAGAAGAGGACAGUGAAUUAGAAAUGGAGUCGGUAGACCAAGAUUCGAAUUCGAGCCGCGAUAAUGUGCAAAGUGAUCAUGUUACAGGUGUAGUCAGUUAUAAAGGUAAAAACGGUUAUAUUUGGAAGUCCGAAGAACCCAAUAAAGCUCUAAGAACGCCCAAACAUAGCAUUAUAAUCAAAUUGCCCAGUCUUAAACCAGCAGCAAGUCGUUUGGGGAACAGUCCUGAUGUUGGUGAAAUUUGGAACCUUUUAUUCGACAACGAGACGCUAAAUGAAAUCGUAUUGAGAACAAAUGAAAAAUUGGAAAUAGUAAGAUCUACCCACAGGAACUCUAAUACCACAGAUUACAAGAAUACUAACCUUAUUGAAAUAAGAGCUUUUAUUGGUCUUCUUAUGCUAACAUCUAUAUUCCGGUCGAACCAUGAAAAUAUGCUAUCAUUAUUUUCAAAUACGUGUACAGGUCGUCCCAUAUUCAGAGCAGUAAUUUCUUCCAAAAGAUUUGAAAAAUUACUCAAAUGUAUAAGGUUUGAUGAUGCUUCCACUAGAGUCCAACGGUGUCAGGAGGACUCAGCAGCGGCAAUAUCCUUUCUAUUGAACCGUUUCAUCGAUAAUUCACAAAAAUGCUUCAAUUUGGGUCCAACAACAUGCAUCGACGAAAUGUUAAUCAGUUUCCGAGGGCGAUGCUCUUUUAAAAUGUACAUGCCUAACAAACCCGCUUAA